AUGGACAAGGACGAGUGGAUGUUAUUGGAAAACAUACUUUCUUGUGUUGGAACGUAUCGAUAUAUGAGCCCUGAAGUUUAUGGAUAUCCGCCAAGAGGGCCACGUCAAAAGCCAACUGCUCAAAUCGAUGUGUAUUCGGCUGGAUUGGUUUUAUGGGAAAUCGUUGAGAGAAGAUUGGUUCACUCUGAAUUCGGUCCGAAAAGCUUUGAUCACGUCACUUUCUUCUACGAUUUCUGGAAUGGUCUUUAUGAAUUAGAGCAAGUUCAAUGUAAUGCAGAGACUUUGAAGAAUUUGAUAGCUCGAUGUGCAAAGGCCCUUCCGGAUCAGCGACCAACUCUCAAAGAAUGUUAU